CUCGCGAGUCACACGUAAAUCAAACAGGACAGAACGACCAUAAUUCCCGGUGAUGACAGUGACGUGCUGCUGUUGACAAGCCUUCAAAACUUGAACCUCCGUACGAGUCGCUCUGUGUUUCACUGUCGCUCGAGGUACAUACAAGAGCAAACAUGAAGUCUUCCAUCACUCUAUUUCCCAUUUCUCGAUUCUGUCCAACACCUAGGACAUGGAUGCAGAGCCGGCAGCUCGCCUCGUUGGCGAAUCCCACGACAUUUUCCGCAGAAACCCCGUCAACACAGAUCCAAUCCUGGCGGGACACGUCCAAGUAUGAACGGGAAGAGAAAUACUGGACGAAGAUUCCCGCAUGGAGGAACACCUUGGUCACCGAGUUCCUGGGUCAUUCAUGGCAAGCAAGUCUCGGGCUCAGGUACUCUCCUCACGGACACACAAUUGACAUGAACAUGUGAGCAGAUGUCUCAUACCCUGCAGAGACCGGAUGCGC